GCCAAGCCAAGGUACAGAUGUACCAAGGUAGCGUUCGGCUGGUUGCCCACAUGCAGAGCCGAGGCACGUGUAAAUCCCAAUCCCGUCCAGCUCGAGCCUUUGUAGACAACCAGACGGACGACCUUCGUGCUAGUCCAACCCAGCAGCCCACCCUCUCUGCCCAGUCGCCCAGGACCCUACCGAGUCUAUAUACAGAUCAUCACACCACACAACCCCUUCUUAGCCACGGCCUGACCGGACUGUCGGGGUGUCCCCUUCCUCGCGACAAGACGCCGUCCUGCCUCGACCCCACCUGUCGUAGAUAAACGCGUCUCUUUCCUCGAGUCUAUUUCUUGUCGUGCAAGUCUUCUCUGGCGGCGACCAGCGCAUUCCGAGACAGCAUCGAGCCCUUCAAGGACUUCCGAACCUCCAUAUACGCCUCAAGGACCUCCCGCUCCCCAACGUCUCCCAGAUCCGACAGGUCCAUGGCCUCCUCAUCCGGCGGCCGAGGCCAGGGAGGCCCCGCCGCAUCACCGGCCCCCCUCUCGGCCAAGGCCACCAACGACCCCGUCCUCCGCAACACGCUUCGGUACACCAUCUCGGCCCGCGAGUACGCCCUCCUCCACCGAUAUGUCCUGUCCAAGUCACGCCAGCUGAAGAAGCGCGUGCCUACCGUCGAGACGGUCAACCGCAUCAUGAACGGCGAUGCGGGAACCAGCGCCGACAGGAAGGCCAAGGCAAAGUCCAAGGACGCCGGCGCCCCGGUGGACAUGACCGUCGCCGACGUGGGCAGCACGAGCGCCGGUGUGAACGCUGGCGCUGGCGCUAUCCUGGGUGCCGACGACUACAACGCGCGCGCGGUGCGGCACUCCAUCCGUGUCUUUGCCACCACCGCUGUUGCGCUCAAGGCAUGGGGCGUGGUCGCGGCGAGGUUCAUGGGCCAGAAGCAGGACCCCAAGCUCAAGAAGCAGCCGGCCUACAAGUCGCCCGUCUUCCGGCUGUCCCUGUCGCUGAGCAGCAUCUUGCUCCUGUACAGGCUGCUGUUCCGCUUCUUCACCAGGCUGAGGCUGCAUAUCCUCGACGCCUCUGCCGAGCCGUUCAGGAAGAGGAACCCCAGGACCGCAGACACCCUCACAUCGCCGUAUGCGCCUGCUGUCGGCGCAUCCCUGGCCGGCCUGGCCCUGGGCAUCUACCCGGCGGAGCAGCUUCGCGUCACUGUCGCCAUAUAUACCAUGUUCAGGGCACUGGAGUUUGGCUGGAAUUUUGCCGAGGACGGAGGGUUGGUGUGGGGAAGGGAGAAGAACGGCCGCAUGAAGAAGAGGCCGUGGUGGUUCGGCAGCUGGUUACUUCAGCCCUUCGCAUUUGGACAGCUCCUACACUCGUUCGUGUUUGACCUCGACUGCUUUCCUACAGCAUAUGGCGAUUUCAUCUUGAAGAACUCAUCAGCAUACCUGCACAAGCGCCCCAAGGACUACCCUCCGGGCUUGAAGUGGCCCGGCACGCGGGAGGUGGUAGAUAGUCUCGGCCAGAUGGCUCGGCUUAAUUGGCCGCCCUAUAUCUCACCAACCCUGUUUCCAAACAAGGAGGAGACCCUCCCGCCGACGCUCACGAACAUCUCCCCGCUCACAGCUCCGGCUCAUCCUCUAAUCACAGCACUCAGCUGCGCAACCCUGCACCCGCAGGACCCAUCAUGCAGUCGGACGUUCUUGACCUUCUGGCUGCGCUCGUUCCCGCCCCUGACGCGCUUCUUCCUGCUGGUAUACUCCGCUUUCCUGAUCCCCAAGUACAAGGCGCUGUACAACUUCCCGUUCACGACACUCAACAAGCUCGUCAUGAACGCGCUGCGCAUGAGCACGUUCGUGACGGGCUCCAUCGCGUCCGCAUGGGCGUCGAUCUGCUUCUUCCAGGCCUGGCUGCCCCGGUCCUUCCUCGCGACGCAGCGCUUCUUCCUCGGCGGGUUCCUGGCCGGGUUCUGGGCGUGGGUCGAGCGCAGGCAGGGGCGUGGCGUGUUCCUCUACUCGGCGCGCGCGUCCGUCGACAGCCUGUGGAAGGUCGGCGUCAAGAGGCGCUGGUGGAAGGCCAUGCGGGCGGGCGACGUCUGGGUGUUCGUCCUGGCUGUCAUGAUCACGGGCGCCGUGUACGAGCAGGACGCCAGGGCCGUCAGGGAGGACUCGUGGAGGAAGGGGAUAAGCUGGAUGCGGGGGCAGGGGUUCAGGGACUGGUCCGUGGAGAGCGAGGAGGACCUGAGUGACGAAGAUGAGCAGCAGCCUGAAGACCAGGAUGGGCAGAGCGAUGAUGACAGCCAAUUUGUCGAGAGCGUUGAGUUUGUAGAGCGCCCUGCUUAGGUGACGGCGCUUUUUGACUUUUACGAGGUCGUUACGGCACGUCGAGUUGAGGCGAUGGCUAUGCUAUGGACGGGCGGGGUGUGUGCCUGACAACGACGCGUGCAUGAAUUCAUGGUUUAUGAGCAAUGAACGAAUUGCCUAAUGGAUACCUAGGUACUUUAAUGUAUUGUUUUGUGGCCCAUUGUCUGAAAUGGCCAGAAAGUUGUGCGAGGAUCAGGUCAUGGUUCUAGGGAAAUCUCAAAUAGCGACACCCACUUGGCAGAACCAAAGGCUCUUGAACUCUUUUA